AAUGGGGUUUUAGAGUGUUGUUCAGUGGGAGUACUGUGGUACACAGCAGAGCGAACUAAGGAAGCGGGAAAGCCAUGGCCUUUUCUUCAUUGCGUUCAACCUCUUCUUCUGUGUUGAACAGAGUCCGAUUUUGCCAGUGCUCUUUCUCUGCCAAGCCCUCGUCUUCUUCUUCCCAUCGGGCAGUCAAAGACAAAGACAAAGACAAAGAGAAAAUGAUGUCUGAUUCCGACAGGGAAACGCCGGAGUACGAUGUCCCAACUUCAGGAAUCAGCCGACCACUUUCUGAGAUACUCAAAGAGCUGAACAAGAAGGUCCCCGAUUCCCUCAUCAAGUUUCGCCACGAACCUAAUGGCUUCUCCCUCAAAUAUAUCCCCUGGCAUAUUGUGAAUAGGAUUCUGAAUUUACAUGCUCCAGAAUGGUCUGGCGAAGUUCGAAGCAUCAAUUACUCAUCUGAUGGCAAGUCAGUUUCAGUUGUUUACCGUGUAACACUAUAUGGGACUGAUGCAGAGAUAUAUCGGGAAUCAACUGGCACUGCUUCAGUAGAUGACCCAGGUUAUGGGGAUCCUGUGCAGAAGGCAGAGGGUAUGGCAUUUCGUCGAGCUUGUGCUCGAUUUGGGCUGGGACUUCAUCUUUAUCAUGAGGACAUGUCAUAGACUGGGAGAUCCAAGUUUCUUUUUGGCAUCAGCAAAGAUCCCAAGUUUCUUAGUGGUAAUAGAGAUUACCAAGGAGGCAACUGUAAUUAACUCUGCUUCUUGAUGCUCCAUCGUAUUGUUAAGAUUGCUGUAUUAUCUUGCUCCAAGCUGUCAAAUUUUACCCAUCAACUAAUGACAGUAGGUAUUAGUGUCUAUAUAUCUGACCUGUUAAGGUGGAGGUUUUGAUAUUUCCUGCCAAUGUUUUAGGCCUAAGAAGCUUUGUUUGUUACAAGUAGAGGGCUGUAGGAUCUUUUCUAGAUCUUCAUUUUGUAAAAGCCCAAUGAUGUUCUUUCAUUGUUCAUUUGGCCGUGGAUAGUUAGUAGCUUA